AUGAUUAUCGACAACUCCGAAGCGAGAGGUCGUCUGCGUUGCGAUCUUCGCCGUGACAAAAGCACGUCACUCGGGCUGGUUCCGCUACCUCCCUUCAACUACGAACCUCUUCCUGACAGGUGUAUUCGGGUAUUGGAACUUCAACCUGGUGGGCGCGCCAACCCGUUCCGUGGCCGUUUCACCAUCGUAUCGAUCAAUGGUGAAGACAAAUUCGAUGCUCUCUCAUACAUGUGGGGUGAUGCGUCGCCCGUAGAUAACAUUGUUGUCGAUGGCGCAGCUAUACCAAUAGCCUGGAAUCUCACAAGGGCAUUAGAAUAUCUGCGGGAUCAGCAGGGCUUGGAGAUUUGUAGGAUCUGGAUAGACGCAGUAUGUAUCAACCAAAAAGAUGAGAAAGAGCGUGGGCAUCAAGUUGCUAUGAUGCGUUCAGUUUACAGCAACGCGGACUGUGUUCGGGUCUGGAUCAACGCACCCGACCUAGAAGAAGAGAGUGAAGCAUUGGCGGCGCUCAAAAGCUUCGAGCUAGGCGCGGAAGAAAUGAAGUUUGGUCUAGGCGACGACAUAAAAUUCUGGGAGCCUUUAGAGCCAAUCUUUUGGAACAGAUACUGGAAUCGACUCUGGAUACAACAGGAGGUCAUGAACGCGCAGCGACUAAUUCUGCAUUGUAUGAAUGUCACCGUUCCUGGUACGAACUUUUGGCAAUUCCGAAGCGCCAUACAGAAACCGGGCAACGCAGCCGUCGCGAAGUCAGAUUACCAAACAUUUGCUCAGCUACACAUGGCACUGAAAUAUGGUCUUCUCGCCGACAGGGAACCUCUCAUUGAUGUGUUUCAUCGAACUUACAACCUAAAGUCAUCUAGAAUUCAUGAUCGUGUUUAUGCAAUCAUGCAUUUAGCUGAUGAUUUCAAGGAAAACGACAUAGAGGUCGACUAUAACAAAACAGCUAGUCAGGUUAUGAUUGACGCGGCUGACCACCACAUCAGACGGCAUCGUAAUCUUCGUUUUCUGGAUGCUAGCUUUCACACAGACUUUGACGAAACCGGAUCUCUGAAACACAACUCGGAAUGCUCGUUUCCCACUUGGGUCCCACGCAAAUGGUUAGGGCUUGGCCAAUAUGGGAUAUCCAUAUGGUCCUCUUGGAAGAGUCAUGGACACGAGAUCACCGUCGGUGAGCAGCUAGACGAUGAUGAAGAUAGUUCCGGCAAGAUCUUCCUGACCCGUAAAUACGCGCACAAUGAAAGGUCAAUAAGAUUACUGACCAAAUUUCCAGAUCUGGAGUUAUUCACAACCUGCGCGCCGGACUCUGUUGAUAUGACCCAUAUACGAUUACGUGUUCGCGGAAUGAGAGUUAGUGAGGUGCUAACAGUGUUGUCGUUGCCGCUUGACGGUAAUGACGACCGCGGAAUGACCGUGGCGCAAUCCUGGUCAUCCAGUCUUGGUCAGCACAUUGGGCGGUAUUUCUACCGCGAGGAACGACAGAUACCACUUGGAACGGUCCGAGCCAUGGUUCACCCGUGGCCAAAUGAGAAUUUUGAUUACGAAGACGCCGUAGCGGGGUUCAGAUGGUUCUACAACUGUAGUACAAGGCCAGAUCUUGCAGAUCACCAUAUCGGUGUUGGUGGACACUUGUUCGUCGCCUUGCUAGCACCACUACGUGAUCAUCUCAAUGGCAGUGCAGCGGUCCGUGCCAUAACUCACAUCGUCGCACAACUCUGGCGCCGGAAGUGCAUCUUGACCGACAAAGACCACUUCGGCCUCGUUCCCGAAUGCAACAUAAGAGCUGGGGACGAAAUAUGGAUGUUACUCGGACAUUCCCUACCAUCUGUAUUAAGGAAACAACCCAACGGAACGUAUGAGUAUAUCUGCACAGCACGUAUCCCUGUUCUCAUGGAUGGUAUCAUAGGCCACACGGACAUUCGACGUUUCUCGACAGAGGCGGCCCCUGGCGAACAAAUCGGCGAGUGGACGAUUGAGGAUAUCGAACUCGUCUAG